GUACAUCUCACAAGAAAAUAGUCUAGCUCGAGAUACAAGUACUUUCUCAAUACAAACAUGGAAAAUAUCCCUCCAUACGAAGAGGUCCUAAAACAAAUAAAAAUCAACUUAUGGCUAGCGGGCAUUCCUUACGGUGAUCCAAAAAUGAAAUUCAGAUACUAUCUCGGUAACUUACAACUGUUAGUGAUGAUUAUUUGCGAAAUAUCAUUCUUUGUAUCAAGAAUAUCGGCGGAAAAUUUCCUCGAACUUACACAAUUGGCCCCGUGUUUGGGUACAGGAAUAUUAACUUAUUUGAAAAUCGUCGUCAUUGCUCGAAAACGGAUGAAAAUCUAUCAACUAUCUGAGUGCCUUGGAAAACUGUACGAGAACAUUUUGAAAGAUGAUAACAAAAGAAGGCUUGUGAAGAAAAACCUUGUUCUUGUAAACUUUUUAAUGAAGUACUAUUUCGUGUUAAAUUUAAUCCUUAUAUCUGUGUAUAAUUUUGUGAGCCCUGUGAUUAUAAUGUACGAUUAUUUCGUCAAUAAUCAGCUGAUUUUUACGUUGCCUUAUGCGGUACUGGUACCGUUCUCGACAGAUGCCUGGAUACCUUGGUCUGCAGUUUAUAUUUAUUCUAUUAUAUGUGGUUUUGUUUGUGUACUAUUCUUCACAACAGUUGAUGGUCUGUACUUCGUGCUGACCUCACAUGUGUGCGCUAAUUUCAGUGUCAUCAGUGACAUGAUUGAAAGGCUAGAUGAAAACAGUGUGGACCGGUUGCCUGAUAUUGUUAAGGAACAUCAGUAUAUUUUGAAACUAGGUGAAGACUUAGAAGAUAUUUUCACAGCCCCCAAUCUGUUUAACGUGUUGGUUGGCUCUUUGGAAAUAUGUGCUCUCGGAUUUAAUUUAACGAAUGGAAGCUGGGAAAAGAUUCCAGGCUGCCUUCUCUUUCUCCUUUCUGUUCUGCUACAGAUUCUCAUGAUGAGUGUCUUCGGGGAAAAUAUGAUAAGAGAGAGUACAAAUAUUGGUGAUGCCGCUUUUCUGUGCAAAUGGUAUAAAAUGGAUGAACAAUCUAAAAAGACAAUUAUGACUAUAAUGAUAAGGUCCAAAAAACCUCAGCGGUUAACGGCUUACAAAUUUUCAUCAAUCAGUUACGCAAGUUUUACAAAGAUUAUAAGCACUUCGUGGUCAUACUUCACUAUUCUGAAAACUGUGUACACGCCACCAGAAUUGUCGGGUUCGCAAUAAUCAUCGUGCGUUAUUUUUCUCGGAAGAAGA